UCAUGUUCCCCGAGCUCUAGAAAAAACAAGCUCAAUGUUAAAACUCCACAAUUAAACAGGCGAAGGGGGAAAAGGGGAGAGAGGGGGGACAAAAAGGCGCUUUCGUAAUUGUUACGCACCAGAAAGCAAUAACGGAAUACAAGGGGGACAGACCGAUUCAGUCAAUACUUCAAUACUGUUAUGAAGCGAGAAUGAGCAACGCAGAAGACAGCGGGAGCAAGUGCUCGUCGGGCCCGAUUUCCAGCUUCACCAUCCAGUCUAUCCUGGGCACGCCGUCCGAUGCGCCGCGCUCCGGGACCAAGGCUCUCUCCAAGGGUCCGCCGCCUCCGCCGCCGCUGCCUCUGCCCCUGCAGCGGAGGCGCUCGCUGUCGGUGUCCUCCUCCGAGGAGUGCAGCGGCGGGGAGGACUCGGCGGACUGCUUCUGCUCCGACACGGGUCACAGCGAGCCAUGCAGCCGAGCGCACAACUUCUCGUGUUUAGGUUCCGCUAAAGGACUCAUGCCUGGGAGCGGCGCGCUGGCACGGCGGCCGCACCUUGCGCACCAGCCUCUGCUGAAGGACUAUAAGGAGGAGCAGGACCGGCCGUGCCGCCAGAUGUCACCGCUGUCGGAGGAGAGACACUCGGACGGCGCGGACAAGCAGGGCAACUCGUCCAAGAAGAAGACGCGCACGGUUUUCUCCCGGAGUCAGGUGUACCAGCUGGAGUCCACCUUCGACAUGAAGCGCUACCUGAGCAGCUCGGAGCGGGCCUGCUUGGCCUCCAGCCUGCAGCUGACGGAGACUCAGGUCAAGACGUGGUUUCAGAACCGGAGGAACAAAUGGAAACGGCAGCUCUCCGCCGAGCUGGAGGCGGCCAACAUGGCCCACGCCUCCGCACAGACACUGGUGGGGAUGCCGCUGGUUUUCAGAGAUAACUCCUUACUGCGCGUCCCCGUCCCGCGGUCUAUCGCCUUCCCGACGCCCCUGUACUACCCGGGGAGCAGCCUGUCAGCGUUACCUUUAUACAACCUGUACAACAAGAUCGAGUAUUGAUUGACUCUGCUGUAUGUGCACCACUGCAGUCCACGUAAAAAAAUACACACAUUACUACAAUACAUUCAUAUAAGUGUCUCCACAUUAACCCCUGUAUAUCAAUUGUACCACUUUAUUUGUUAAAAGAAAAUUAUUAUGCAGCAGCUGUGCGUCUCACGAGAAAGCCACCAAGCUUCCCUAUAUGUAUAAAAAUACACCAUGUGUAUAAUUAAUUAUAAUAAUUUUGUACUUUUAUUUUAUUUUUUCUUCUUUAACUGGUAAAACACUGGAGUUUAGGAUUCAUAUCACGGUCGAGAAAAUGUUUUUAUUAUUCAU